AUGAAGAAAUCCACCAACCCCCAGCCGACUACUGACACAACGGCUUCCAAGCCAGUUGUUCGCAAAAAGGCCGCCCAGUCGACUGUCAACACAACAGCUUCACAGUCGACUACUAGCACAACAGCUCCCAAGCCAACUGUUCGCAAGAAGGCUGCCCAGUCAACGACUAGUACAACAGCUAGCCAGUCAACUGCUAGUGCAUCAGCUACCCAGUCAACUGCGAGUGCAUCAGCUCCCAAGGCAACGGUUCGCAAAACAACUACAAAUGUCCAGCAAGUGACUAACGCCUUGGCUAACACAGCCAUUAGCAGCUCUGAGGACGAUUUUUGGGAAGACCUAAAACUCAGGAAUCCUGCUAUGUACGCCAAGGUACAGAGGGGUUUCGCAGCCAGCGCUGCUGCCAUCAAGGGGGGAAAGAUCAAGCCCUUUAAGCCUGUUAUUGCUAGGGUCAAGGCAAAAUAG